CUCGUAGUUUAUAUUCUGUGCAGAAGUGAUACAGCACAUAUUACAAUGGAUACAUCGAAGCGUUUUAUAACACUAAAUAAGGAAUUUUGAUAAACCUACACCUUCGAACGAUGCUUUUACUACCCUGCAGCAACAUGUUAGAUGUGCCAGACAAUGUAUCAGAAUCCAGCUACGUAACGAGCGUGGAAGACGCGAGCCGCGUGGACCAAUGCACGCAGACCCCCAGCAGCAAGGCGCGGCCGCGUACGCUCCAAAGGUACCACACUACCGACCACCUCUACGAGAGAUCGCACAGAGUCCACCGGCUUAGGCACGAGCUCAGGCCCAAAAGCCUAGGCCUCAGUGACUCGUACCCUUGCUUUGGAAAGCCGCCGAGCUAUGAGUGCGGAACUACACCCAAAUUAAAGGUAAGCGUGACCGACAGUCCUACGAUCUCUAUCAGCCCUCCGCACAGCUUGGACUACGUAUGCCAGAAGGGAAGUCCUGGCAGCGUGACGCCCAACGGAAUGCUCUCCAGCAAAUCCACGGCAACCACAGUACUGCUAAGCCCCAGUUAUCUACAGACGACCUGUCAUUGCAGUCAAUCUAUUAAGAGUGUGAGUGAGGUGGCGCUGACGAUGCCAGCUGGGUCUGGUGGCGCUGCGACAGGCGUGGGAUGGAGUGAGGAGGUACCGGGCUUGGCUUCAGACGGGCUCUCGUGGCGACGUCUGCACAUGUCCCGUGCCAAACUUAAAGCAACCGCCACCACGUCAGAACUGCUCUCAGGUUUCGCGAUGGUAGCUAUGGUAGAGUUACAGAUCAACGAGCCUACAAACGUGCCCGAAUGGCUAUUCGUUAUGUUCGCUGUGUGCACGACUGUGUUAGUGGCCGUGCAUAUAUUUGCUCUCAUGAUCUCUACGUAUCUGCUACCUAAUAUCGACGCGGUCAGCAAGAUGGAAACGCCAGGCGGACCGACGCGUGCACUCAGAGAUUCGCCGCACGAACGCAUGCGGGGAUUUAUAGAGCUGGCUUGGGCGUUUAGUACUGUUUUAGGUCUGUUCCUAUUCCUGGUGGAGAUAGCAAUUCUUUGCUGGGUGAAGUUCUGGGACUACUCGUUUGCGGCCGCGACCGCAGCCACCGUCAUCGUGAUACCAGUUUUAAUAGUAUUCGUUGCGUUUGCCAUUCAUUUCUACCAUUCGCUGGUGGUGCAGAAGUGCGAGACCUCCGUCCAGGACAUUGAGCAGCUAGAAACUAUGAAGCGGGAGCUCGACACAGCCACCGUUAAAGUCAAUAUGUUCUAACGAUUAUCGAUACAUGAAUGUACAAAUCGAUUUAACUCGAUCAUUCAUCGAUUAAAAAGAGAUCUGUGGACCAUAGACAAACCUGUCUCGUUUUUAAUCUAUGAAUGAACUGUCACUGUCAUUAAAAAAUGACGGAAAAUGUUCGAUAUUUGUAAAAUAUCAAGUAUUCAUUGUAUAUUUAUAAUAAGUGUUUUAAUAAACCGUUAUACGAGUAAAUACUAUAAAAAGUUACAAUAUAGACACGUACCAAUGUGAUGUGAAAUGUUUUCUAACCUUAAAACUGUGAGUGCACUGUCAAAACACCGGUACAAGAAUAACAUGUUUUUCUACAAGUGUUUCGAUAGUGCAAACCGGUCAACAGAAAACUAAUUCUGUUAUUUAUGUCUUAUUAAUUAUACUUAUCAUUUUAAUCUUACAGAGAUUAUCCUUGAUUAUGUAUUAAUUUUAAAAUGCUUUAACAUAUUAAGUGUUCACAGUCACAAACAAUUGAGUCAUUCA